AGCAUGUCCAAUAGAAGGCGAGUGGCGGACGUGAGAGCAGCCUUCUCGAAACUCAUCGUUAAGCAGUCGCUUCUGCCGCAGGCGGGUCUGCCACGAACUGCCGGAGCGGCCAAUUACUUCGUCGUUUCCGUGUUUUUGUCCCCUUUCUCUAAGCACUACGGAGCCUUAAGGGGGCACCGAGCUAACUUUAUACGAAGCCAGACAUGAGCCAAGGCCAGCGCUGGAAUGGAAGCUACGUUAACAACAGCCGGGCGGACAUGGUACCGGAGAUCGCCGCCGCCGUAGGCUUUGUGUCCAGCUUAUUCCGCACCCGCGGCUGCGUUAGUGAACAGCAACUUCAGAUUUUCAGUGAGGCUCUGGGAGAGGCGCUUACAGAGCAUUACAAACAUCACUGGUUCCCCGAGAAACCGUUCAAAGGGUCUGGCUACCGCUGCAUCCGUAUCAAUCAUAAAAUGGACCCCAUCAUCAGCAAAGCAGCUAGCCAGAUUGGACUCAGCCUUCAGCAACUCUACCAGCUCUUGCCCAGUGAACUCACACUCUGGAUAGACCCUUAUGAAGUAUCCUACCGAAUAGGGGAGGAUGGAUCCAUCUGCGUUCUGUAUGAAGCAUCGGCGGCACCUGUGAGCUCCUACGGGAUGCUCACCUGCAAAAAUCAAAUGAUGCUGGGGCGCACCAGCCCUUCCAAAAGCUACAUGAUGACCGUCUCCAGCUAAACACUCCUUGCUAUCCUUACUUUGCCAAGACAUGGGCUACUGUAUACCUCAACUUGAGGAUGUAUUUUUUUUAAAAAAUGAAGAGCUAUUUAUAUUUUUUUUUAACAAAGGAAAUCCAAAUUGAAAUUUAGUAGCAGGUACUACUCUUUUGUAGAGUGGUGCUAAGGUGCCUUUUAAAAGCUGUCUGCAGGCUUGCAAGUUUAUUAAAAAA